GUCUCUUUAUUCCAUGCUCUGUUAACAUGGUUAAAAGAACUGUAGUUUGUUACUAUCUGAGUGCACAUAAUCAUUAAAUGUCCCCUCCCCUGCUCCUCUUACCUCCCUUUGACAGAUCAGCUGUUGCUAUGACACACAGUAUAGACAAAACAAUCGCUUUAUCUUACACGCUGCUAGACAUUGGUCUGCAUUUGCCCCCUUCCCAAAGUUUACAGCCUUCAGCAUGGAGCACCCUAAGGUAAUUCAGUAUAUUCCACGACGGACAUUGGAGUCAGAGUUCCCCUCUACCAACAACAGGUGCGCAAGGAGUGAGAUGUAUAUUAAUAACGGUGUUUGCAUGUACCUCUAUGUGAUAAUAUAUAAUUAUUGGUCAAAUUACCGUAAGAAAUAUUUUAAACAAAAUGCAAUUAAUACCGCAGGGGACAUUAUUAUCUAGAUUUAUUAUUAUUUAUUUUACCAAACUAAUAAAUCGACACCAGCGACAGGUCCUGUUUGAUAUUAUAUCAAAUUGGACAUUGGCCCUUUAAGGGCUAAUUGUAUAAAAAUGUGGUUCAUUGAUGUCUCUUCUUUCAAAUACACAGAGUUCUAUUUCUCUGGAUACUAGUUCAGACAUUAGUGUGCAACUAUGCAAUGCAUGAGUUAGUUGAUACCUGUCUAUUCUUACUAUGGAUUUAGGUAAGCGCUUACCUCCCAAGUGUCCCUAUUUACAAGUGACAGUCCCUCUUUUAGGCCCAAACCUCCCUGUCCCUAUUUUCUCAGAGCUCCAUAUUGUUGGUGUGUCUGAGUGUAUAAUAGAGCUACACAGCAAUAAUACUCACUGUAAUGUGUCUUUAUACAGCAAUAAAUGUGUUUAGAAAUCAGUCUGUGUCAAAAGGUACAGUUUUCCUGUUCUAAAUUACAUUUUAGUUGCAAAAAUCGUUAUUAGUAUUAGUAAUUUUACACCCCUAAAAUUAAAGUGUCCCUAUUUGUCCAUUUGAAAUGUUGGGAGGUGUGAGAAGUAAUGCUGAUUAUAUCCAGUAAAUACCUGCCAUACAAAAUGUUUUGUGAUGAGAUAAGCAGACUUAAAGGGACACUCCAAUGCAAACAAACUGUUUAGUAGAUAUGCCCAAAUAAAAACAUGCAUGUAUUUAAUCAUGCGUUUUGUCAAUAGGGGUAUAUCUAAACACAGCUUGCAGUUCUCGUGUCUGAUGCCUAUUCAAACCCUCCCCUUCUAACCCCAACUACACUUCCUUUGGCUAUCCAAUUACAGACUUCCCAAUGAAGCUCAGUUAGAAGUCUUUGCAAGGCAGGUUCUCUGGGCAAUUGCUGCCUCUUGGGUUUAGCUCCACAGAGCUAACCAAACCAGGCCGUAAAAGGAUGUGUAACCAGCUUAAUUUAUAAAAGUGUUAAUUUCUACUGAAAUCUACACUUUUUGCAAAAUGAAAAAAGUAGGACACACUCAUCAUACAUAAAGUUUUUUUAGCAAGCUAAAGUUGUUUAGGGAUCUGGAGUGUCCCUUUAAGACUAGGGGUUUAAUAUGUGAGUAAGGGUUAGAAAGGAGGUUAGGAUAUGAUAUGGGUUGAAUGGAAGGUUAGUGCUAAACAAAACAGCAUCCAGCUUCUAUCAAGAAGAUGGUUUAUGUCUAUACCAGAGUAUAAAUUUAAUAAAUAUGUGCUUUAUUUCUUAAAAAUUUUUUAUGCAUAAUCUAAUGGUGGAGCACUGGUCAAGGAGCUAAUGCUUUUUGUAAUUAUACUAUAUUCUAUGUGGAGUGAUUGUAGCAGCACCUUUUUCUCCAAUAGUUAACACCAGGUUUGCAUUUUUUGAGACUUCCUGGACACCGUGGUAACAGGGAUGCAGGGCGGCCGACAGCUCGCGUUGAACUGGGUGUUUUUCACUCUAUCUUUACUUUAUUCUUGUCUGCCUGUUACUCCUCAAAUCAGUGAGCACUGCAGCCACAUGUCCUGUCUGGUUACUCUACAGAACCCCACCAAGUUCUACCUCUGCCUCGAAGUGGAACUUGGUGGGAGCUCUGGAGAGGGAUCUGCAUGUAACAACAUUUCCUCAGUAGCCCAAGCAGCACACAGAGGGCAAGGGCUGCUGGUGAUGUUUAGCACUAAAAACUUAAAAAAACGGUUUAAUGCAGAAUUAAAAGAUGACAUCAGGGAACUCCAGACACUAUAACCACUUCAAUAAGAUGAAGCCGUUAUAGUGCCUCCAGUUGCCAUUUAAUCAGAAUAUGGUCCCCAUCCCCUCUCAAACUGUCUGAUUAAGGGGACACUGUGGUCACCAAAACAACUUUGGCUUAAUGAAGCGGUUUUUAUGUAUAGAUCAUGCUCCUGUAGUCUCACUGCUCAGUUCUCAUUUAAGAGUUAAAUCACUUUGUCUAUGCAGCCCUAGGCACACCUCCCUGCAUGUGACUUGCACAUCCUUCCUAAACACUUCCUGUAAAGAGUCAUCUAAUGUUUACAUUUCCUUUAUUGCAAAUUCUGUUUAAUUUAGAAUUUCUUAUCUCCUGCUCUGUUAAUAACUUGCUAGACCCUGCAGGAGUCUCCUAUGUGUAAUUAAAGUUAGAUUUACAGAGCAAGAGAUAAAACCUUCUAAAGUAUGUUACAUGUGAUUGAAAAUGAAACCAUUUUGUUUUCAUGCAGGCUGUAUCAGUCACAGCUAGGGGAGGUGUGGUAAGUGCCAAGGCCGUCUUUAACUAGAGGAAAACCCAGUUACUUCUGGGGGGCCCAGGGCCCCCUGCCCACAAACAAGAUACUAACAAGCCCACGGGGGCUGAGAAAUGUCCCGGUGGGCAGCCACACCUGAAGUAAUCAGGGGUCCCAGCCCUUUACUAGUGCUCUGGACAGGGACCCUAUCAUUCUGUUUGUUCCACGAGGUCUGCUGGGAGGAAGUGAAGUUCUCCCAAGUAACAGAGAGCAUGUGGGAAGGAGGAGGUACACACAGGAAGAGAAGGAGGAGAGGGCCCUGUAUCUGACUUUUGAGUGUGAGGCACACACAGAGGAGGAAUAAGUGGAGAGUGACUGAGAAAGCCUGGUUCCCCAGACUCCCAUCAGUCUUGGGCAACCAGCUCCCACUGGACCCCAGGGAAUCCACCCUUCUGUAUCCAAAAGGUAAGAAGGGUGGAUCUAAUAUGUAGACUGAUUAUUAUAUAUGUUGUGUACCUGGCUGUGUGUUUGUGUGUGUCUGGCUUGCAUGUCAGUCUGUAUAUCUGGCUGUGUGUGUAACUGACUGAGUUUGUGUCAGUGUGUGUAUCUGACUGAGUUUGUUUCAGUGUGUGUACAGUAUAUGACUUUAUGUGUAUCUGGCUGUGUGUGUAUCUGGCUGAGGGUUGUGUCAGCGUGUGUAUAUGACUAUGUGUAUCUGGCCGUGUGUGUCAGUGUGUGUGUCUCUGACUGUGUGUGUAUAUCUGGCUGUAUGUGUAGCUGCAUAUCUGUGUAUCUGUACGUGUAUUUGUGUCAGUGUGUAUCUAUGCAUGUGGCAAUACGUACAGCACAGCAUUAUAAUGCCAACACUGCACAUAAAUAUACCACUGCACACAAAUACACCACUGCAUGAGUAACUGUGUAACUGUGUUCCUGUGUGUAUCUCAGUGUUUGCCUAAGUGGGCAUCUGUGUGUAUGUGGCAAUGCAUAAAUCUCAGCAUUCCAGCACUGCACACAGAUGCACCAUUGUGUGUAUCUGAGUGUGUACGUAUCUUUGUCAGUGUGUAUCUCUGUGUGUGGAUGUGCUAGUGUUUGUAUGCGUGAGUGUGUGUGGACGUGCUAGGUAUGUGUGCAUAUGCCAGUGUGUUUGUGUCAGUGUGUGUAUCUGUGUGUCAAGAUGUGUGCACGCAUCAUAGUGAUUGUGUGUAUAUCUCUGUGUUAAUGUGUAUGUAUAUCUGUGUUAGUAUUUAUUUAUGUCCAUACAUCCCAGCAAUCAAACACAACAUGCAAACACAAACAUUUCAUACAAAGACACCCCUGAAUUCAAACUCCAAAAUUAAAUACAAACACACCCCUUCACUCAUAUAACAAUACUACACAGAAAUGUACAUCUGCAUUUAAAACACAAUACUACAUCCAAACACAUCCCUACAUGCAAAUACAAACAUUGCAUACAAACAGACCCCUUUAGUAAAACGCUAACAUUAUGGGGCUCAGGGGGGCCCAAAGCAAUUGUUUGCCUGGGGUCAAAUCAAUAUUAAAGACGGCACUGGUUAGUGCAGCAUAAACUGAAAAAAAGUGACAGUGAGUUGAACAGUGAGAUUUUAAAGGCAUGAUCUAUACACCAAAACUGCUUCAUUAAGCUAAAGUUCUUUUAGUGCUAAUAUAAUUGUUAGAAAAUUAUUAUUUACCGCAUUAUUUUGUUCACUGCUAUUUUGUUUAUACUUAUAUUGCACUUAAGUCUAAUACCUGUCAGUAAAGAUUUUAUUUGAAUCAAGCGUUCUAAUCUCUUCGCAUUGUGGUUAGGUUAAUAAUAAUGGACUGUCUUAUAAUAGUGGGAGGUAUAAUUAUAUCCAGUCAGCGCAUGUGCGACAUGCAAUGAUAUGUUUUAUUUAUACGUGUCUACAUAAUGCUUAAUGACGAUGCUUGUUUUAUUAAGUAAGAGAGAAAAGAUCUGCGUGAGAGAAUAUUUUAUAUAAUAUAAUGUCUGGCUUUCUGCUAACUAUAGAGAUGGCAGGAAGUACACGUACCCCCAUAGUAGCCUUAUGAUUUUUUGAUAUUUUUUUUUCCAUCUGGUUGCAGUGGAAAUCUUUCAUUCCUUCAUGGAUACUCUUGCCCCACCUUGCAUCAAGCAGUCCGGACUCAUUCUGGACCAAUGGGCGUGGAUGUUAAAACACAACUAUUGUACACAGGAAAGAACCGGGAGACUUAUGAAAAGUGGAAACAGGGACACAGUCAGAGAGAACGGGAGGCUCUACCCCAUGGUACGUAGAUAUUAUUUAAAAAUAAUAUUUCAAAUUGCCAACAAAGAGAAAUGUUUGCUUUUGCUGGAAUGCAGAUAGGAGGGGCUUUAGUGAAAAUACUAGGUCAAUAGUGGGCCAAUAGGAGGCGUGUAAAUGGUGCCACGGUGAGUUGUCCUGCCCCCAAAUGGAACUAGUCAACAUUUACGCCAGACUGACUAAUAGCUGCACUUCCUGCCGUACUGAGGCUUCUCCAUAUACAUUGCAAAUACGUCUAGUGACGUGCUCAAGCUGAGUUUAUUGGGGACUUGUUUCUGGUGUCGCCAGAAUCAGGACACCAAAAAUGAAACCCAGGACAGCAGGACAGGAGUCCUGAAUUGGCCAAAUCCAGGCCUAUCGGAGGGUAGGCCUAGCUGAUAUGUACAUAGUUGCAUAGUUCACAGCUGGUGAAUAAGUAGCAAUUUUAUUAAUGAUGGGAUUUAUUCUUGGUAUUUCAUAGUGUUAACUGUGAAACAAGUGGUUGGAAGGAGGGGGGAGGGGAGGGGUUUCCACAAAACUCCAAAUUUAGAAUUAUUCCAAAUUAGCUAUUGUUGCCUAUGUUUGGCAAUUCUGAUUUUAUUUAGCUACAAAUUGGAGUUUAGUGGAUAACCUGCAAAGAUUUUUAUGACCAAAGCGUUUGGCCUGAUUUUUGUGAUCAUACAGAAUUAUAUUCUGCACUACUUGAGGUGUAGCUACCCAGUUGACGUUUUUCAUAGCGGAAUGUCAAGUCAGACAAGAUUAUGCAUACGGUUUAAGGCCAAAGGCCUCUAUUUGUAGGGAGGAGUUUGUCCUAUAAAAACCCUAUCCCCCCCUCUUACCUGGGCUGUUACGUUUCAGGACCACAAGUGUAAAAUGUCAGGAAUUCAAACUCAAUUUCACAUUUUUAGGCUGAAAUAACUGCAUAUUAACCUAAAAUUUGAAAUUCACUUUAAAUUUACUGUACAUUAUGAACAACUACUAGCUUUGUUAAUAUUCCUGGCAGAAUAUCCAAACAGGGUACUUUAAAUCUCUGCUCAGUUUGUUUGUUUUUUUCCCUAUAAUUAAAGCUGCUCUGUCACCUUCUGAGGUUUUUGCAUAUUCUCCAAAGGCGACAUCGCCACUGGCUAUGUUGGGACCCGGGGGUGCGGCAGAGAGUAGCUAUACUUACCUGAUGCUGACCUCUGCGGACGCCACCAUCUUCUUUCAGCUCCCGACGCUUCAUCUCCAGGAGUCCACAUCAGUGCAGUAAUCUCACGCUUGCGCAAGAGUACAGCACUGUUUUCUAUGGAGGAUCCAUGGGUAUUGUCUAGUAAUGAGCAAAAUAAUUUCUUUAUCCCCCAGCCAUUGCUAGCGAUAAAACUUGACAGAGGUAGCUUGCCUUUUGUCAAGUUUUGUCAAGCAGAGAAAAAUACAUAAGGGAAAGCAGUACAUUGCCUUAUGUAUGUUAAUAGAAAAUUAUCCAAAAAGAAGAAAGGAAAAAGAGAUUAGGAGUAAUUAAGAUAAAAGGAACAGAUUGUAGGUUAGUUUAGCAUUCAGACAGAGCUGCUUUAAAGUAAACAUAGUCUCUUUAUGUUAUAUUUGUUAUGUGCACAAUGAGCUAAUAUUUUCAAAUAUCAAACAUUUAACAUUCAAAUACUGUGGAACCUCGGAACAUUCGGUAUUCAAACUAAAAUUUAGAGUAAAAAAUGUCUCGAUACCCAAACAUCAAAGAGCCGCUCACUGGGGCCAUGUGACCCCGCCAGCCAGCUCUCUCAUGGAGUUAAGAUGUGGCUGAAAAGUAAGUUUGGAAGUUUCUCUCGCCCAGCUGUUACAGGAUGAGUGUGUUCUACUGACCUUGUCCUAGCAUGGACUCUCCUCCGCUGGUUCCUCCAAAAUAUACUCUGGAACAAGUAUAACACGCCAAUGGAACAGCCAAACACAGUAAAAUAAUCCAGGAAUCUCCCACAUCAUCCCCAGCAACUGGACGACCCUCAGCUCUGGGGGUAUAGCUGGUUUUAAUGGAGCCACACACUGCCUUUUAUGUGAAUCCCCAUGCAAGGGUUUGCCUGAUACAUAUUCCAGGGGCAUUCCCCACUGGACCUGAGAGUAGAUUGAGACAAAAUACACAACAUAAUUAUAUUAACUCUCAGGUCCAGGACAUAUACAGUAAUAACACCCCAAAAUACACAGCUAACAACAAGGUACCCCAUCAAGUACAAUAUCCCCAGAUACCCCAGAUCUAAGUGCCCAGCAUAUCCAAAAAGCGAUAAGAUCCCACGAACGCAGCCGAAAUGCCACCCGGGUAUAGUUUAGACCGACCGCACACGAGGAACCUGCCCAAAAGGGUUCCAUGAAUUCAGGCUGUGCAGUCGGUCUCUUUCGGGAGUACAAAACAUACUAAAACUAACAAAUGAACUGUUAGCAUAAGCUCAUCUCAUGUAUCUUAUUCGGGAGUAUGCUCCCCCCCCGAACGCCACUCUGUAUGGAUUCCGCCGAACAUAACUGGAGGUGGAAGUCCCAGCGGUGUUCGCGCCGCUGAGUGUCUGAUUUUAGUUCCAUAAACUCGACGACCAAACACCGCUGUCUCUGUUCAUGGUUAAAGAUGGCUGGCGCCACGUGUUCGCACAUAUGAACAGCGGCCACCCAGCCAACCGCUUAGAAUGUUAGUGUUAUUGCGGUUUAUGGAGGUGUUAAUCGAGGUUACUGGGGUCAACAAGCAGCACACUUCACAUAUGGUUGGUCUGGCAUUCGAUGAUUUGUUCGGUUGUCGAACAGAAUACUAUCAAUUUGGGAGGUGAAUGCAAUUUACCGAACAACCAUGCGAACAGGGUAAAUAGCUGGAUAAUCCAGGGACAGGGUAAACUGUCCCCCACACGAUAUAUUAGUAAAAACAUACGAAAUAACAGGGUGGAAGAUACGGACAGCCCAUAGAAGAAAUAAAGUGUAACGUCUAACGGUUCAUUCCGCUACAGGUACCUACCUUGCUCCAUCCACCUAUAGCAGCAGCACUCAGGACAUCCCUCUAUCUACAUACACCACCCAGGGCAGCCCUCCAGCACACAGGGCACUAUAGUAGCAUCCAGUGGGAGCAAGGACACCCAUAUACCCACCAGCAGCUCCCAGGACAGCCCGGUACCCAGGUGCAGCAGCCCCCCUGUGCUCCCUGCUGGCAGAGAUGGGCAGACCAUCCUCAGUGGAGGCACAAUACACCUUCACUUGGUAAAUACCUGAUCGCUCUCACUGGGAACUUAUCAUCAAGAGGCAACAUGUGGCCCAGGACCAUCUUGCUGGGCUUCUCCGUGUACUUACUGCUUCUGCAGGAGACCCUGAGCAGGAGGAUCCCUGUGGACACUGGUCAGCGCACCUUCCCCAAAGCAGGAAGUGCUGGAGCCAGACAGGCACGUGUGCAGUGUGUGUACUAGGUCAGCUAUGUGUGUGCAUUGUGUGUAUGAACAGUGGUCCCGUUUACAAUGUAAAAUGCUGUAAUUUGGGGGGUCUGGAACGAAUACAUCAAAUUUACAUGCAUUCCUAUGGAAAAUGCUGAUUCGGUUCUCGAAUGAAUCAGAACUCAAACAACCUUCUGGAAUGGAUUAAGUUUGAGUUCCGAGGUUCCACUGUGUUACAUGACAAGUACUGAUUUAAUAGACACUACAGUCACCAAAACAACUUUAGCUUAUUGAAGUAGUUUGGUGCAUAGAUCAUGCCCCUGCAGUCUCACUAUUCAAUUAUGUGCCAUUUAGGAGUUAAAAUUUUGUUUAUGCAGCUCUAGUCACACCUCCCUGCACGUGACUUACACAGACUUCCUAAACACUUCCUGUAAAGAGUCAUCUAAUGUUUCAACUUUAUUGCAAAUUCUGUUUAAUUUAGAAUUUCUUACCUGCUGCUCAAUUAAUAGCUUGCUAGACCCUGCAGCAUCCUUCUGUGUGUGAUUAAAGUUCAAUUUGUAGAGCAGGAGAUGAAAACUUCUAAAGCAAGUUAACACCUGAUUGAAAAGUAAACCUAAUAAUUUUUCAUGUAGGGUGUAUCAGUCAUAGCCAGGGGAGAUGUGGCUAUGGCUGCAUAAAAUAAAACAAAAGUCAUUGGUUUUGAUGCAUAUGGUAUCCUUUUUAAGUAUGUCCAGAGUACAUUAAUUACAUAAAUGUUUAUGUGACUCUUACAGCCAGCUCUCAACAUCUACGGGAAACAGUCUGGUAUGACCCUUGCCUUACAGCUCAAUAUCUACAAAGUUCUCCACGUUGGGGAACUUUCCAGUGGAGAGACAGACCUAUUCCUGGCAAAGAAUUUGGUAUGUAGAAUGUUGUAUGUAUGGUUUUUGUGAUCAUGAGACAAGGAAAAGAUAUAACACAGCACACUAGUGCAAAAAUAACAGGCUGGUUUAUCAGGGGUAAAAAUGGGCCCAAAUAAGGUAAAGGAAUACCAAUGGGUACCAUGAGACAAUUGACCAUGCUUACUGUAAACCCUUGUUUCUUUCAGUUUUGAACAGACACAAGUUUGGAGUCCAGAAGUAAGAGCAAAGAUCACAGAAUAAGUCGUGAAGCACAUCAGCCAGAGGAAAGCAAGUUAGAAGGACAAUAUCAUUGACUCAUGUAGUUGGCACCACCUGCUCUAAUUAUGUGUAUUCCAGCAUGUGUACAGAAAGAUCAUGUCGCCUUGUGAAAUAAUUCAAGUGCAAAGUGCAUUCUUUGCAGAAUAAAAACGUGCAUUUCCUUCUGAAAUGCUCAUUCUUCCUUGAAGCACAUAUACCUUGUCCUGUUGUCUAUGAUCACGUCUCC